AAUGCAACGUUGUGUCAAAAUUUCAAAGCAAUCGGUGAAUAACUUACGGAGAUCUUAGAUGAGUAACAAACAUUUUACAUUUUUAUUUAUAUAGAUGUGUGAUAGAAAUCUCUUUUCUUCAUGUGCUCAAUAUAAAAUUUAACGUCUUUGAUAUGUUUUUCAGUUUGACAUUAUCAAGAAACGCUGUUACAGAAAGAGUGUAGAAUGUCUGAUUCCGAGGAUAUUAGAGUGAGCCCGAAUGGCUCGGAAAAAUCGGCAACACAUGAUGCCGAAAUCGCUGAGACGAUGCCGACUCUGCAGAAUCAUAAUGGUGACAAGCCUGAAGAAUUCGAGAAGCUGCUUCAAUCAAUGAUAGUCACUCAUAGCGUGUCCGAAGAAGAGGAGCAGGUGCAGGAGGAAGAUAACGCGAACGAAAAGAAGAUCGUAGAAAUGGCUACUCCGGAAGCACCGCCUGACUUUCGACUCGAGUACAUCGGUGGCUUCGUGCAGAAGAGUCUGAAAUUAAAGCCGGAAAAAUGGGGAAGAUUAUUACUGACAGAGGAAUAUCGGAACGUGGUGUUAGAUUUUUUGGAUAAACCGUUACCGGUCGCGCUUUUUGUCGUUUUAACACCCAAUGCACAAUUAGUGGCAUCGUCCAGUUUUCCCAUACCAUGCCAGAGAACAAAGGGAGUUUACGCAGUCAAGGUGAAGCACGAGCCAUUACCAAAAGACAAGGAAGCAUGUUCGGCCAUGUUAAUCGUGGGAGAUUUAUCCCAUCGGAUUGUCGACCAAUUAGCUACGUUAGUAGAUAAUAUCGUUGCACCCCUUCUCACCAAACCGGAAAAUCACAAAGAUUUGCCGGAAGUAGCGGUUCACGAUAUAUGCAAGCACGUGCACGCUCUCCGUGGCACGCUGUAUCAGGUGAAAGGUCAGGUAAAUGGACGAACUGUACUACCGAUGCCAGCGGGUCUCGAAAAAGUGGCGGAAGUCGAGAGACUGGUUUCUACAGAGGGACCGCAAGCGGUUGAUUUGUAUCUGAAAAGUGCUAUAGAAGGUGUGGUGAUAAAGUGGGCUUACUUAGUGAACGAUGUGGUCACUCAUGAAUCUAGUGUCGCGUUUGAAAACGGGCAGAAUCCGACGCCCAACGUCGAGCUAGAAUAUUGGUCUACCAGAUUAGCGAAUUUGAGAUACAUUUCUGAUCAAUUGCAAGAAGACCGCGUGAAGAAGAUGGCGAUAAUUCUCGAGAAAACUGACAGCGCAUACUUUCCCUGCUUCCGUACGUUGUUCGACAAUGUUGUCUCCUCGUUAGCCGAAGCGAAGGACAUAUCGUUGUACCUGACGCCUCUGGCGAAGUGUUUCAAGUCCGUAGAAGAGAUCGACUUCGCCGAAGCUAAGCCGCUGAUGGCAACUCUGAUACACUCGCUUGGAUUAGCGUGGGCAAAGUGCAAUAGUUAUCAAAGCUCUAGCAAACUCAUCAUCAUGCUCCGACAGAUAUGUAACUUAUUGAUACAGGAGGCCUGCCGGUUUCUCGAUCCGACGUCAAUAUUCCAGAGCGACGUUGACGAAGCUCUUCAGCGCGUUAAAAUAUCGAAAGGAGUUCUGGAGGAAUUCAAAAGACAGUUUGAAUUGAGGAAGCACAUUCCCGGUUUGAAACCGGAAGCCCCACCCUGGACAUUCAAUUCGACCGCCGUCUUUACUCGUCUCGAUGCUUUCCUGAAACGACUGGCGGAUAUCGAGUGGCUCUUCGAUACCGUCCUCGAAUUUUCCAAGUUGGAGAAGAUUGAAAUAGGCGGGAUUCUCGGACGGUCCUUGAGCGUGAGGAUCAUAAGCGUGUUCAAAGAGUUCCAGCAGCUUUUCGUUUCGUUUACCGUAAGAGCCAGCGACGUUCUCGAGCCGGAUGACGAAUCUUUCGUCGUCGAUUGCACUAAGUUCUCUGAAUCCAUCACCGAUCUCGACAGCAAAUUGGCAGCGAUUCUGUGCCAGGCUUUCGACGACUGCGGCAAUCUCGAAAGCGUUUUCAAGUUGAUAAAUAUCGCCGGAUCGGUCUUGGAGCGUCCUAUCAUACGAAAGCAAUUCACUAAUCGAUACGCUAGAAUUCUCGAGCUUUUGAACAUGGAACUUUCGAUGGUGGAAGUCUUGUUUAAUCGCGGCAGCAGGGGUGCUCUGAUUAAUCUACCGCCCUUGGCUACUGCCUUAACGUUCACCAACAUGCUGCGGCAGCGUAUCGACUUGCCUGUACAAUCGUUCAAAGCCAUGUCGCAUCCGAUCGUUCACAGCGAUGAAGGUAAUAACAUAAUGGCGCGUUACGAAAGAUUGAUAAAAAUAUUCGCAGAUAAGGAGAAUGAUCUUUUCACCGAAUGGGCGCGAACGGUACCGCAAACUGUUGAUGCUGGUCUCAACCGUCAUCUAGUUUGUAGAGAGGCUGAUGGUAUUUUGCUACUAAAUUUUGAUCCCGAUCUUCUCGCGGUAUUGAAAGAAGUGAACUAUUUGAAACAAAUGUCCCGUUCUGAUAUUCCCCAGGAAGCAAUUAAGGUAUCCGAGAGCGCGGAAACGUUCAGAAAAUUUCGCACGAUGCUAGGCAGCACGGUCGAUUCAUACAACAACAUACGUAAAACAACCAAGCGAGUCGAGUUUGAUCUAAUCGUGUUGGAAGUGGCGCGGAUCGAUUCCCUGAUAUCCCGCGGAGAAGAUGAGCUGUGCUGGAGAUCAGACGGGCUUCUGGAAUAUAUAACGGAGUUGGGCGAUCUCGUGGAAGGGUUGUGGAAGCGCAUGAAGUCCGCUCAAUCGAAUGUGGAGAAGAUCAGAAGCAUUUUGGAACCCUGGACGAAAAUGCCUCUCAUAGAACGAAGGGACCGUCGUAAGGAGACGUUGCUAGCCUUGGAAGAUCGUACGGAAAAAGUAUCGAAACGCUACGCGGAGAUCACGAAGGCCGCUGAGCAGAUACACUCGAUAUUGGAGGAAAAUAAAAUGCUCUUCCAAAUUAACGAGAUCGAGCAGGAAGCCUGGCAAGAAUACGUGAAGUAUAUCGACGACAUUGUGAUCGAAUCUCUCCGGAAAGCAGUUGGAUGCUCCUUAGGCUAUUUGGCGGAAAGUAUGGAUCCAAUCGGUCAGUGCGAGCCAUUGCUUGAAGCAAAAUUAGAGCUUAGAGAACCAGAUUUGUAUUACAUGCCGUCACUGGAACCCGAAGAUCCAGACGGACUUGAUCAGUUGAUCCUCGGUCUGUUAAAUGACAUUACUGGUAUGGCCGGUUUGAUACCGCGAUUAAAAAAUGAUUCUAUAGGAUACGCUGAAGAAUUAGCAUCUGACGUAGACAUGAAGGGAAUGAGAGAUGAGAUACUGACAAGCGUAGCCACUGGUGUAGAAGAGGCUACUGACUUUUGUAGCAAUUUUGAAGGCUACGCCUACUUAUGGCUGGAUGAUAGAGAUGUUGUAAUGCAACAAUUUCUCGAGUACAGCCGGCAAUUGUCAGUGGAAGAAAUGGACAUGGUGGCGACUCAGGACCCUAAAGGUCCGACAAAGUCACCGCCGAAAAUGGAGCAAUUUCGCGAACAAAUUGAUCUUUAUGAGGGCCUCUAUCUCGAGAUCGAAGAGAUGGAUCUGUUCAAAGUAUUUUGCGGCUGGUUCAGAGUAGACCUAAGACCCUUCAGACAGUCAGUACUAAACACGGUGUGCAAAUGGUCGAGCAUGUUCAAAAAACAUUUAGUCGAUCGUGUAACAAGCAGCCUUUCCGAUUUGGGAGCAUUCAUAAGAUUAGCGGACGAGGGAUUGUUACAGCAAGUACAACCGGGUGAUUAUGCGGCUCUAGUUAGCAUAAUGGGCUACCUACUGCAGGUGAAAGAACGCCAGCCAACUACGGACGAGAUGUUCCAACCAUUAGAGGAAACCAUUGAAUUGCUCAAGUUCUACGAUCAAGAUAUACCCGAAGAGGUAAACGUGCUACUGCAAGAAUUGCCUGAGCAGUGGGCAAACACAAAAAAACUUGCUCUUAUGGUGAAGCAGCAAGUUGCGCCACUGCAGGCAGGCGAAGUAUCAAGAAUUCGCGGUCGAAUCUGCGCGUUUGACAUUACGAUAAGCCAGUACCGAGAAGCAUUUCGACGAUACACAUUCUUUAAGUACGACUGCCAGAAUCCGUAUGAGUUAUUGGACGAGGCUCACAAGGAGAUCCUUAUGUUGGAACGUCAAAUGAAGGAUAUACAAGAAUCCGCCUCACUGUUUGAAGUGACGGUACCCGAAUUUAAACAGCUGAGGCAGUGCAGGAGGGAGCUGAAGAUGCUUAAGCAGCUCUGGGAUUAUGUAAAUAUAGUGCAGAGUAGUAUCGAGGGCUGGAAGACGACGCCCUGGAGGAAAAUCGACGUGGAGAAUAUGGACAUCGAAUGCAAGAAGUUUGCGAAGGAGAUACGUGCGCUGGACAAAGAAAUGCGGCCAUGGGACACCUACGUAUCGUUGGAAGCGACAGUGAAGAAUAUGCUGACGUCGCUGCGUGCCGUAGGAGAAUUGCAAAAUCCAGCCAUUCGGGAGAGACACUGGCGACAGCUGAUGAAUAGUACUAAGAAAUUGGGCAACAUGACUCCAGAAAUGACCGUUCGUUUCGUAAUGGACGAAUCGACGACUCUAGCCGAUCUGCUCGAGUUGAAUCUCCACGAAUGCGAGGAGGAAGUUAAGAAUAUCGUGGAUAAAGCGGUCAAGGAAAUGUCCAUGGAAAAAUAUAUGAAAGAGUUGAAUAUUACGUGGACGAAAAUGGAGUUCGAGCGAGAAGUUCAUGCUCGCACGGGAGCUACUUUAAUAAGAGCUAGUGAAGAAUUGAUUGAGACCUUGGAAGAGAACCAGGUACAAUUGCAAAAUCUAAUCACGUCGAAAUUUAUCGCGCAUUUCUUGGAGGAAGUGUCGUCGUGGCAAAAGAAAUUAAGUAUUGCCGAUCAGGUGACGACGGUCUGGUUCGAAGUUCAACGUACUUGGAUGCAUCUCGAGAGUAUCUUUAUGUCGUCUGAAGAUAUUCGACGGCAAUUGCCGGUGGACGCCGAGCGAUUCAAUCGCAUUGACAAGGAAUUUAAGGAGAUGACGGAGGAGAUGGCGAAAACGCCGAACGUCGUCGAAGCGACGAAUAAGGACGGUCUUGUGACUGCUUUGGACGUCCUGCAGAAAGAGCUUGUAUUAUGCGAGAAGGCAUUGGCGGAGUAUCUCGAAACGAAGCGUCUUGCCUUCCCACGAUUCUACUUCGUCUCUUCCAGCGAUCUGCUCGACGUACUCUCGAACGGGAACCAACCGGAAAUAGUAGCGAAACACUUGACAAAGUUAUUCGAUUCUAUGGCGCGUCUGAAUUUCGAUACUAAGAGUAAUGCAGUAAAACGCGUCUUAGGCAUGUUUGCUAAAGACGGGGAGUACGUGGAAUUUGCAAACUGUGAAAUGAUUUGCGAAGGCGCUGUGGAAGGGUGGUUGAAUCGUCUUCAGACCGCUAUGCGCGUAUCUAUCCGGCAUUAUUUCAGCGAAGCAGUGGUGGCAUACGAGGAGAAGCCACGAGAGCAAUGGCUGUUCGAUUACCCGGCACAGGUGUCUCUUUGCGGAACGCAAAUCUGGUGGACCACUGAGGUCAAUAUGGCCUUCGCACGUCUCGAGGAAGGCUAUGAUAAUGCGAUUAAAGACUACCUGAAGAAACAGAUCUCGCAGCUGAGCACUCUGAUCACGCUGCUGAUAGGAGAAUUGACCAAACAGGAGAGACAGAAGGUCAUGACCAUCUGUACCAUCGAUGUCCAUUCUAGGGACGUCGUGGCGAAACUGGUGCAGUCGAAGGUGGAGAGCGCGCAGGCCUUUCAAUGGCAGAGUCAAUUGCGGCACAGAUGGGACGAAAAGGAAAAGGAUUGCUUCGCAAAUAUUUGCGACGCACAGUUCAAAUAUUCUCACGAAUAUCUGGGUAAUACUCCCAGAUUGGUCAUAACGCCGCUAACGGACAGAUGCUACAUAACUCUGACGCAAUCUCUGCAUCUCAUUAUGGGCGGUGGUCCAGCCGGACCGGCCGGGACCGGAAAAACCGAGACCACAAAAGAUCUUGGCAGGGCUCUUGGCAUAAUGGUGUACGUGUUCAAUUGCUCCGAGCAGAUGGACUACAAGUCCUGUGGUAACAUAUACAAGGGGCUGGCGCAGACCGGCGCGUGGGGUUGCUUCGACGAAUUCAACAGGAUUACCGUCGAGGUACUUUCGGUGGUCGCCGUGCAAGUGAAAUCAAUUCAAGACGCCAUCAGGGAUAAGAAAGAAAAGUUCAACUUCAUGGGCGAGACGAUAGCUCUCGAGCCGACCGUUGGCAUAUUCAUCACCAUGAAUCCCGGUUAUGCCGGCCGUACAGAAUUGCCGGAGAAUUUGAAGGCGCUUUUCCGUCCUUGCGCCAUGGUCGUGCCUGAUUUCGAGUUAAUAUGCGAAAUAAUGUUAGUAGCGGAGGGAUUUCAGGAUGCAAGGGUACUCGCAAGAAAGUUUAUCACGUUAUACACGUUGUGCAAGGAGCUGUUAUCCAAACAGGAUCACUAUGACUGGGGUUUGAGAGCGAUAAAGUCGGUCUUGGUAGUUGCUGGUAGCUUAAAAAGAGGCGACCCUGGCAGACCAGAAGAACAGGUACUAAUGAGAGCUCUGAGGGAUUUCAAUAUUCCCAAAGUGGUGUCGGAUGAUCUGCCGGUCUUCAUGGGUCUGAUAGCCGAUUUAUUCCCAGCAUUGGAUGUUCCUAGGAAGAGAGACGUUGAGUUCGAGAAGAUGGUCAAGCAAGCGGCCGCCGAUCUAAGUCUGCAACCGGAAGACGGUUUCAUUCUCAAAGUCGUGCAGCUCGAAGAACUAUUAGAGGUGAGGCACUCCGUCUUUAUCGUGGGUACAGCCGGUUCCGGAAAGACCCAAGUUUGGAAAACGUUGUUCAAGACUUAUCAUAACAUGAAGAGAAAGCCGGUAUACAACGAUCUUAAUCCUAAGGCUGUGACCAACGACGAGCUCUUCGGUAUAAUCAAUCCAGCAACGCGGGAAUGGAAAGACGGGCUCUUCUCGUCGAUAAUGAGAGAGCAGGCCAACCUGGGCGGCGAAAAUCCAAAAUGGAUCGUCCUGGACGGCGACAUCGAUCCGAUGUGGAUCGAGUCGCUGAAUACCGUUAUGGAUGAUAACAAAGUUCUGACAUUGGCCAGCAACGAACGAAUAGCCCUUACGCCGGCCAUGAGAUUACUCUUCGAGAUAUCGAACCUGAGAACUGCCACACCUGCCACGGUUUCGCGUGCCGGUAUCCUGUACAUAAACCCGCAGGAUUUAGGAUGGAAUCCGUACGUGACUAGCUGGGUCGAGAAACGAUCUUUACCAAGCGAAAAGUCGAAUUUAGUCAUGCUCUUCGAUAAAUACAUCCCCACUUGUCUUGAAACUUUACGAACAAGAUUCAAGAAGAUAACGCCAAUACCUGAUAUGGCGCACGUUGAGAUGUUAUGUCAGCUUCUCCAUUGUCUUUUAAAACCAGAGCUGACGGCCGGCGACUUUCACAAGGAGCAUUACGAACUCUAUUUCGUGUUCGCCGCCGUUUGGGCCUUUGGUUCCUCCAUGUUUCAGGAUCAAACUGUGGAUUACCGAGUAGAGUUCACUAAAUGGUGGACCAACGAAUUCAAGCAAGUGAAAUUUCCCCCUCAGGGAACGGUUUUUGAUUAUUACAUCGACAAUGAGACGAAGAGUUUCGUUCCUUGGACGGAACGUCUCCCAAAGUUUGAGUUGGAUCCGGAGAUAUCGUUGCAAGCCGUUCUAGUCUACACGGCGGAGUCUAUCAGAAUAAAAUACUUUCUCGACUUGUUGAUGCCAGAAAAGCAUCCGAUAAUGCUGGUCGGCACGGCUGGUUGCGGUAAGACUGUUCUGAUCGCCGAUAAACUUCUUCAGCUUUCUGAAAAUUAUGCGGUCUCCAAUGUACCGUUCAACUUCUACACCUCGUCCGAGAUGCUGCAGAAGAUCCUGGAGAAGUCGCUGGAGAAGAAAGCGGGUAGAAAUUACGGUCCGCCGGGAAACAAGACUUUGGUGUAUUUCAUUGACGACAUGAAUAUGCCGGAAGUGGACGCGUACGGCACAGUUCAGCCUCACACGUUGAUUAGGCAACACUUAGAUUACGGUCAUUGGUACGAUCGAACUAAAUUAACUUUGAAGGAUAUUCACAAUUGCCAAUACGUCAGUUGCAUGAAUCCGACUGCCGGAUCAUUUACGAUUAAUCCGAGAUUGCAGAGACAUUUCGCUGUAUUCGCUGUCAGUUUUCCGAACGUUGAUUCUUUGACGACAAUAUACUCCUCCAUUUUGUCGCAACAUUUCGCGAAUGUAGAACACAGGUUUCCAAUAAGUGUCACCGAAUUAUGUCCCAAUAUCGUGCAAGCAAGUAUUCAACUGCAUCACCGCUGUGCUCAAAUGUUUCUACCGACAGCCGUGAAAUUUCAUUAUAUCUUCAAUCUUCGCGAGCUUUCUAAUUGCUUUCAAGGUCUAUUGUUUAGCGGCAAUGAGUGCUUACAGUCCUCGGUGGAUUUAAUUAGACUUUGGAUGCACGAAACUCAACGUGUCUACGGAGAUAAGCUAACGGAUGAGAAAGACAUCGAAACCUUUUUGAAACUGCAACUCGAUAUCUUGAAAAAGAAUGUGGAAGAGGUGGACGAGGGCGCGAUUCUGGAAAAGCCCAAUAUUUAUUGCCAUUUUGCAGGAGGCGUCGGAGAACCGAAAUACAUGCCCAUCAAGGACUGGACGACUUUACAUCGGCUGUUGUCAGAAGCAAUGGUCAGCUACAACGAUUUGGUAGCGGCCAUGAAUUUAGUGCUUUUCGAGGACGCUAUGAUGCACGUAUGUCGCAUAAAUAGGAUUCUAGAAUCGCCCAGAGGCAGUGCGCUCUUAGUAGGUGUGGGUGGCUCUGGUAAGCAGAGCCUUUCGCGAUUAGCAGCCUUUAUAAGUUCACUAGAGGUCUUCCAAAUUCAGUUGAAGAAGGGCUACGGCGUAACCGAUUUUAAAUUGGAACUCGCCGGCUUGUAUUCGAAAGCCGGCUUAAAGAAUUUGGGUAUCAUGUUCCUGAUGACAGACGCGCAAGUACCAAACGAGGAAUUUCUAGUACUUAUUAAUGACAUGCUCGCAUCAGGAGAAGUUCCCGAUUUAUUCGCCGAGGACGAGAUGGAGAAUAUAAUAGCAGGGGUUCGUAACGAGGUGAAAGGCGCCGGUAUGCUGGACACACGCGAAAAUUGCUGGAAGUUCUUCAUCGAUCGCGUUCGUCGACAACUCAGAAUAGUAUUAUGUUUUUCUCCCGUCGGUUCGACACUGCGGGUCAGAUCUAGAAAGUUUCCGGCAAUUAUAAACUCCACAAUGAUAAACUGGUUUCACGAGUGGCCUCAAGAGGCUUUAAUGUCUGUGUCGAAAAGAUUUUUGCAGGAACUGGGAGAGUUGCCAGAAACUUACAGAGAAUCAGCUGCCAAAUUUAUGGCCCAUGCACACACCAGUGUAAAUAUAGCUAGCCGCCAGUAUCUGAGCAGCGAACGUCGUUACAAUUAUACAACUCCGAAGUCUUUCCUGGAGCAAAUAAGCUUAUAUGCUAGGUUGUUAAAAACAAAAACUUCCGAACUACGUGCUAAAGUGGUUAGAUUGGAAAACGGUUUGGACAAGUUACGAUCAACGGCAGUACAAGUGGAUAAGUUAAAAAAGAAGUUAGCUGUACAAGAGGUAGAACUGCAGCAGAAGAACGAAGCUGCAGACACUUUAAUUGCUAUAGUUGGCGUCGAGACGGAGAAAGUCCAAAAAGAAAAGGCGAUAGCGGAUGAGGAGGAAUCCAAAGUAGCCGUGAUUGCCGAGGAAGUUUCGAAGAAGCAAAAAGACUGCGAGGCAGACUUAAUGAAAGCCGAGCCUGCUUUGCUGGCCGCGCAAGAAGCUCUAAAUACUCUGAACAAGGCGAAUCUCACGGAAUUAAAAUCAUUCGGCUCGCCUCCUGGCGCUGUAACAAACGUCACUGCUGCAGUCAUGGUCCUUUUGGCACCAGCUGGCAAAGUACCUAAAGAUCGCAGUUGGAAAGCUGCCAAGAUCGUGAUGGCGAAGGUAGAUACCUUUCUGGAUUCCUUAAUCAAUUAUGACAAAGAGAAUAUACAUCCCGAGGUGAUUAAAGCUAUACAGCCGUAUCUCAAGGAUUCCGAAUUCGAGCCUGAGUUUGUAAGAUCAAAAUCAGCCGCCGCAGCAGGUUUAUGCGCCUGGGUGAUCAAUAUUAUCAAAUUCUACGAAGUCUUUUGCGACGUAGAACCAAAACGUAAGGCACUCGCACAUGCAAACGCGGAGCUGGCUGCAGCUCAAGACAAGCUUAGCGGUAUCAAACGAAAAGUAGCUUCCUUGGAAGAACAGCUGGCGAAAUUAACGGCGGACUUUGAGCAAGCGACAUCCGAGAAAUUGAAAUGCCAACAAGAAGCCGACGCCACCAACUCAACGAUCGCGUUAGCAAACAGAUUAGUUGGCGGUCUGGCGUCCGAAAACGUUCGUUGGGCCGAUUCAGUGGCCAACCUGAUGCAGCAAGCAUCGACGUUACCCGGUGAUGUACUAUUGGUGACGGCUUUCAUAUCCUACGUGGGUUGUUUCACAAAACAAUUUCGACAGGAUUUGCUAAAUAAGCAAUGGCUGCCGUUUAUACGCACCAUGGACCCGACAAUACCAAUUACCGAAGGUCUAGAUCCUCUCUCGCUGCUAACGGACGACACGCAAAUCGCCAAAUGGAAUAACGAGGGAUUGCCGAAUGAUCGGAUGUCGACAGAGAACGCUACAAUACUAACCAACUCGGAUCGUUGGCCGCUAAUGAUAGAUCCACAGCUUCAGGGUAUAAAGUGGAUCAAGGAAAAGUACGGAGACGAACUGAAAGUGAUCAGAUUAGGUCAACGUGGUUACUUGGAAGUGAUUGAGUUAUCAUUAGCGAAUGGAUCUACAGUUCUGCUGGAGAACAUUGGUGAGACUGUAGAUCCCGUUCUGGAUCCUUUGCUAGGUCGAAAUUUAAUCAAAAAGGGUCGAGCCAUUAAGAUUGGCGAUAAGGAGGUGGAAUACAAUUCCAUGUUCAGAUUGCUAUUGCACACGAAACUGGCUAAUCCCCAUUACAAGCCGGAAAUGCAAGCGCAGACCACGCUGAUUAAUUUUACGGUGACGAGAGACGGCUUGGAAGAUCAAUUGCUCGCGGAAGUGGUUAAGGCGGAGAGACCAGAUUUAGAGGAACUGAAGGCGGAGCUUACCAGGCAACAGAAUGACUUCAAGAUUACUCUCAACAGUCUCGAAGACUCACUUCUCUCGAGACUGUCAUCAGCCGGCAGCAAUGUCCUUGAAGACACAUCUCUCGUGGAGAACUUAGAGACCACUAAGCGUACUGCCGCGGAGAUCGAGUCUAAAGUUACGGAAGCUCGCGGCACCAGCCGGCAAAUCGACGCGGCACGAGAAUUAUAUCGGCCAGCUGCAGCGAGAGCCUCAUUGCUAUACUUCAUUCUGAAUGAUCUGAAUACAAUCAAUCCUAUUUACCAAUUUUCGCUAAAGGCCUUCAGCGUGGUCUUUCAGAAGGCAAUCUUAAAGGCCGAUCCCGCGCCCGACGUUGCGGGAAGAGUGCAGAAUCUGAUCGAGUGCAUCACAUACUCGGUCUUCAUGUACACCAGCAGGGGGCUUUUUGAGUGCGACAAGUUGAUCUUCGCCUCGCAGAUGGCCUUUCAAAUCUUGUUGGUGAGAAACGAAGUCACGGCUAGCGAGCUGGACUUUCUCCUGAGAUUCCCUAUAACGCCGCACGUCACCUCGCCGGUCGAUUUCCUCACCAACACUAGCUGGGGUGGCAUAAGAAGUCUCGCUACGAGGGAGGAGUUUCGGAAUUUGGAUCGGGACAUCGAGAGUUCCGCCAAACGCUGGAAGAAGUUCGUAGAGUGCGAAUGCCCGGAGCGCGAAAAGUUUCCUCAAGAGUGGAAAAAUAAGACGGCCAUACAACGUCUGUGCAUGCUGAGAGCUCUGAGACCGGACAGGAUGACGUAUGCCAUCGCGACGUUUAUCGAGGAGAAGCUUGGUGCGAGAUACAUUGAGGCGAGAACGGUGGAGUUCGCGAAAUCUUUCGAAGAGACUAGCCCAAGCACUCCCAUUUUCUUUAUCCUGUCGCCGGGGGUAAAUCCAUUGAAGGAUGUGGAAGAUCUAGGUCGUCGCCUUGGUUUUACGUCAGAUAAUCAAAAUUUCCAUAAUGUGUCUCUUGGCCAAGGGCAAGAAACAGUGGCUGAACAGGCUAUAGACGUAGCAGCCAAAAAUGGUCACUGGGUGGUGUUGCAAAAUAUACAUUUAGUUAAAAAGUGGCUUCCACUGCUGGAGAAGAAAUUGGAGACGGCCGCGGAAGGUUCUCAUUCCGAUUACAGAAUGUUUAUGAGCGCAGAACCGGCUAGCACGCCAGCCGGUCAUAUAAUACCUCAAGGUAUUCUAGAAUCAUCGAUUAAAAUUACAAACGAACCACCUACUGGCAUGCAAGCUAAUUUGCAUAAAGCUCUGGACAAUUUCACUCAAGAGACUUUAGAAAUGUGCUCUAAAGAAGCCGAGUUCAAAGCGAUUUUAUUCUCUUUAUGCUACUUCCACGCAGUCGUUGCGGAACGUCGUAAAUUCGGACCCCAGGGUUGGAAUAAAAUAUAUCCCUUCAAUGUGGGAGAUCUGAACAUCAGCGUCAGCGUACUUUAUAAUUAUUUGGAAGCAAGUUCAAAAGUUCCUUGGGAAGAUUUAAGAUAUCUUUUCGGAGAAAUUAUGUAUGGCGGUCACAUAACGGAUGACUGGGACAGGAGACUUUGUGUAUCCUAUCUUGAAGAAUUAAUGCAACCUGAUUUGAUCGACGGAGAAUUGCAACUGGCACCAGGUUUUCCCGCGCCGCCUAACACAGAUCUAGUCGGUUAUCAUACAUACAUUGACGAAGCCAUACCACCGGAAUCGCCGUAUUUGUACGGACUACAUCCAAACGCGGAAAUCGGCUUUCUAACGAUGACGGCUGAGAAUUUAUUCCGAACGGUCUUUGAAAUGCAACCGCGUGACACUGGCAGCUCCGGAGGACAAACCGUUACCCGAGAGGAGAAGGUGAAGCAAGUAUUAGACGAGAUAAUAGAGAAGUUACCCGAAGAGUUCAACAUGACGGAAAUCAUGGGAAAAGUGGAGGAACGGACACCGUACGUGAUUGUCGCCUUUCAAGAAUGCGAGAGGAUGAAUUUCCUAACAACUGAGAUUAAACGAUCGCUACGGGAGUUAGAUCUGGGCCUGAAGGGCGAGCUCACCAUAACGUCGGACAUGGAGGAUCUGGAGAACGCGUUGUUCUUCGAUCAAGUACCGCCGGUGUGGGCUAACAGAGCUUAUCCGUCUUUAUUGGGUCUAACCGGUUGGUUCGUCGACCUGCUGCUGAGGAUCAGAGAGCUAGAAACGUGGUCGACGGAUUUCGUUUUACCGGCAUCGGUGUGGCUCGCCGGGUUUUUCAAUCCCCAAUCGCUACUCACCGCCAUCAUGCAAUCGACAGCUAGGAGGCACGAGUUGCCGCUCGAUAAAAUGUGCCUCCAGUGCGACGUGACCAAGAAGAACAAGGAGGAAUUCACGUCAGCGCCGAGGGACGGAGCCUACGUCCACGGAAUAUUUAUGGAAGGCGCACGAUGGGACAUCCAAACAGGAAUCAUCGUCGAUUCCAGGCCCAAGGAAUUAUAUCCGGCGAUGCCGGUGAUUAAUGUACGCGCGAUCACGCAGGACAAACAGGAUUUGAGGAACAUGUACGAGUGCCCGGUGUACAAAACACGUACGCGUGGCCCGACAUAUGUAUGGACAUUUAAUUUAAAAACCAAGGACAAACCGGCCAAAUGGACGUUGGCUGGCGUUGCUCUCCUGCUGCAAACUUAGAUAGAACAAAUGUCACUAGCAAUUAGUCGAAGUAGAUCGCUUAAAUAAUAUUAUAUAGACAUCGUUAUUGUACCUGCUCGUAAGAUGAUAAGCAUUAAUCACUUCUUUGUUAGAUAUUUUCGCGAGUGAUCUUUGUUACUAUAGAUAAGGCAGUAUUUUAUACUUUUUUGUUAUGUAAAAAAACAAACUGUAAAAAUAUUAGUCAGAAUUUAAUUAAGAUUAAUAGAAUCGUUCACAUUUAUUUGUUGUAAAAAUGUUUUUCAUUAUAUUUUUACAUUCUAAUAAAAAUGUCACUGUAAAUAAAUAAAUAAACAUAUUUUACGUACACGAUAAUCAUUUAGAUAUUAUUAUUACUCUUGAAUUAUUACUUUUCUGAGAAAAAUUUGCUAUUUACUCGCGAGACGAUGUUUCGCGCGCAGAUCUGCAAUUACGGACGUAUAAAGAAGAGAACGAUUCGACGGCAAAUCCCAAACGGUCGACCGAAGGUGGGGUGCUUCGAGGUCGACUAAUCGACCGAGAGUUAAUAAAACGUAGGAGGAGAAACGACGCGAGGUCUCCGAGGAGUAUCCGGCCCGUUUCACGAACCGGCGUUCAGUUUUCCGCGACAGGGAAAAAGGAGAAAUUAUCCGUCAUUCGUCGGAAUCGGGAGCCCUUCUCCCUGAAGACGUCGGAGAUCAAUACCCGGUAUCCCGGAGUAAACAAAAGCCGAUGCCUAUCUAGCUGCAAAGUGUCGGUCAAUUUAAUUUAGUACCGAGCCCCAAGAUCGGGAUAUACGAUGAGAGAAAGAAGGAAAGUAGAAUGUGUCCGCGCGCGGAGAACACAAAGCUCCUCCAUAUCGCCGCACGCAUCAAAAUUGCAUCAUGUUAAAAAUAAAUAAAAUAUUCGACUUAGACGUGUGCCUUUGAACUAUAGUAGUUCUCGCACAGUAAAAAUUUUAUCGUACAAGAGAUAUCGGGCAAGAUCUUUUCGUUAUCGAUUUCUUUUAUAGAGUACUUAAUAGAGUAAAAUUCAUUUAAUAAUCGUAUGAUUGAUGGGUAGAUGCAAGUUGAAAAAAACUCUCAAAAUAAUCGAAAAUGAAAAAUAUUAUUAUGAAUUAUACCGUGAAUUAAUUCAAUGAGAAAAGAUUGCGCGACAUCCCGAAUUCAAUUUCACGCGCGCUUUAAUAAAGUUAACAAAUUGGAGUAAACGGAGAAAUUCGUCCCCCUAACAUUGAUCUACAUGUGUGCCAAUUUAAUAAUAAAAAAGGAAUUUAUUUUCUUCCUACAAAGAUCAGCAACAUUAUUAUUAUUGCAUUCUGGUCACCCUAAUAGUUCGGGCACACAGCAAACAUACAGCGGCACGACUAGUAGUACGAUCUGCACAAAGUCAACUCAUGAAUCCCAUCGGACAAAAGGGGGACAAAGAAAAAAAAUUAUCGUCCCUUUGACGGUUCCCAGUGAUUGGCUCUCGGACACCCUUCUCGUGAUACGUGGCGGAUCGAUCGGCAUCCGUGCACCAGCUUCAAUCACGGUUUUCAUUAAGCCGCGCUGGACGGCGGAGGGUAAAAGCUCGAAUAGCUGAUGCUUCGUGUGUCAGGCGGAACGAGAGGAAGCUUCUGGUUUCAGGAUUUGCGCUUCUGGCACGAACUUCGAAAGAAACUUCAACGCCUAAUUGGGCAUCAGCCACUCGUUAGGCGAUAUCUCGAAAAUUGCGUCGGCUUUGUUAUUGAACAAAGAAUAAGAAAACGAAGAGAAAGAGAGAGAGAGAGAGAGAGAGAGAGAGAGAGAGAGAGAGAGAAAGAGAAAAAGAGAAAGGUCAAAAUUAACUGAAAGGUAACAUAGAAUAUUUUCAAUAUUAAAAACCAAAACAAAAAGUGUAUACAGAUUACAAAUACAAAAAAUAACAUGGUCGUAUUACACAUGCAUCAUUAAUUUUAAAUGUUGUUAUAAUUCACUACAGUAAAAAUUACAAUUAAAAUUAAUAUUUUAACUUGUCGUAGAAUGUCAUUAAAGAAAACCAAUAAUUUCCAAGAAUACGUUUAAUACUUUCUUCCGCGUAUUGUGAAAUUAUUAGUUUCAUUUUCUCGAGAGCGCAGCUUAUGUAAGCUUGAAAUCUCGAUAAGAACUCAGUAACGAAGGUCCUUGAAAUAAGAGUCUUCAAAAGGAAUCGAAGCUCGCGCUUGACGGAGAGUCUGUGCCAACAGGUAGUUCUCUCCAUUUUAAAGAUUUCGACCUUCGAUCCGUUUACAAUCAUCAGUUUUAUUCAAUGAACUGUUAACGAGCAUAUUUGAUGUGAGGAUUAUGAAUAAUGCCACAUUGAUCUUGCGUGUCUCGUCAGCCGUAACAAAAGAGAAUAUUAAUAGAUAUUCGUUAGCGUGAUAAAUCAUCCGUUGUCAAUAUAACGAUUUCGCAUUAUCUCUUUUAACCAUAAGCGCAUUCAAUCGUACUUCAAUUAAAGAUCAAUAAAAUUGAACAUCCAAUAACAGAAGCAUUAGGAUAAUAAGUUGAUUCUUUCUCGUCAUUCUAUUUUAAAGUCUGAAUAUAUUUUCUUUCUUUUUCUUAUAGGGAGUAGAAUCUUAAUUUAUUAAAAGUGUGCGGAUAGCAAAUUAUUAAGUUUAUGAAAUUUAAAACGUUUGUGCAGCCGGACUUACGAUUAUUAAUUGUACCCAUAUGUGCAAAAAUAUUGGUAAAUUUAUCUUAAUUUUUAGUUAUUUUCAUCUCACUUAGUGAAUUAAUAUUAUGUCAGAGACAAAAAGUUUCAGAUGAAAAGUUGAUAAAUUUCUUUUCAUUAACGUAACGAGGGAAAUGCCGCAUACAUAAAAUAACUUGGUGUAUUGUACUACACGGAUAUGAUUACUCGUUGGAAAGUUUGCCUACUUUGUUUAUUCGAUACAAGGAAUUCGCGUCAAAGUAUUGUAGUAUUAUGGAAAAAGUCCACGGUCAUCGUUAGCACGAGGGAGAGUUAAUGGCUCCUUUGUCUCGUUCUGAGAGCAGGCGACUUCCAUUUUUCAUCGGCAUCGGUGCGGCUGAAACCGUCGUUCUUUUAGCGAGUUAAUCAUUUUUAAAGGACCGACCGCAGGUGACGGUGCGUCAUACUCGUCGUGACCGUGAUAUUAAAGGACGUCAGGCAUUCUCGUCUAGAAUUAAAUUUCUCGGGGCGGGGAAAAGCCCGAGUUUAGACAGUCACCCCCCUGGUUGCGGAGGGGUAAUGAAACGCCACGAGAGCUGCCGCGCAAUUUGUUUUGCAUGCGGACGACAUUUUUCAUUUCGUGGAAGAAUGAUCUGACGUUUAGCUCUCAAGUUCUCGAAUGUCUGCGUUGCACUCCUUAAUCCUGACAGAGAUUCCAGCAGAUCCGAAAUACAAUACGGUAUAGUGUAUCCGUAGGUGCAGCGUGCACUUGCGGCGUGCAACAAGUAAAAUGAUAUCUUAUUGCGACGUCUAAAAAUAUUUUCACGUAUCACUUUUUCAUUUUUGCGGUAUCUACAGUUUGUCACGUACGCCGGACGUCACGGAGAGAGUAAGCCGCGAGAAAAACGUUUCAGAUACCGAGGUGUUUGACACGUUGAAAGAAUAGAACGUGUCAGAUAUAAUUUUUCAUUUCAGUCUCUGUGUAAAUCGUCUCGUUGAUGGGACAUGCGCGGAAAAUAUCUCGUUCAAGGACAUACGAGACAUCGCACGAUUCUAUCUCUUCAUUCUCAUCUUUUCUGAAUUUCACGAGAGCAAAUUAAAGAAUGCGGAAUAAUUAAAAAAAAAAGGAUUGUUUGACUUUAAAACUCACGUAAUUUUGUUCCCGCGUGCCUUGCAAAAAUUAUUGAUCGGAGAUAUAGAUAUGGCGGCGGGAUGCGGAGGUAUUAAUUAAGCAUUUGCGAAGGGCGAAUUGGAACGGUAGGCGGGUGGAUCGUGGAGACGUAGCUAACUAGAGAGACCUUUGAGCACCGACUUCGGCUCGGGAGAUCUGUAAACCAAUUAGUGACGCCUCGUCGAUACGGAGGGCUAAGUCGUCCUAACCGGAUCGUUCGGUUAAACUGCUUACUUGAUUACAUGACGUUAGUUAGCGUCACUGUAGUCGCCUCUGUCGACCACAGGUGAUACCCCCAAAUUCCGAUCACGUAAAGAUCCGCCAAUUUUUGGUACUUGGGAACACUUCGACUGUCACUAAUGUCGGAAAGGUAAUUUUAUAGAGCAAGACGAGUCUUGUCGUCGCGAUAUUUUCGCUUGGGUCGGUAUAAUUCAUGCUGCGGAAAAUCAAACUAAAAUAAUAAAAUAAUAGUGCUUUAAUUUCGUAGACUAAUUAUUUCAAUCAAUUCAAUGAAUACUCAGAUGAAAAGGUUGGAAAAGAAUUUAUCGCGUAAUCUAUGCAGAAUAUUUAUAAAAGUACUAUAAAAGUAUACUGUUAAUUUCAUUGAGUCGUCAUUGUUUCUACUCAAUAUUUGGUUAAUUUGAUUAAAUCAAUGAAGAUAUAAUUAAUGACAUAUUGUAACUAGACCUAUUAUUAAUAUUGAGCAAAUACCUAUUCAAUAUGUCGUUGAUUUAUUUUAUUUACCUUCACGUUUUUUAUUCAAAAUUAAUAAUAUAUUAAGGAGCAAUGGUGAGUUAUGGAUUAGUAAAAAAUGACUCAAGUUGAAUAUAAUUUGACGCUACGAGCUUAACAGUAUAUCUUUAUAAUAAUGGCACAAAACGAAGAGAAAAAUAGAGUUAGAGAGAAGAGAUUUGUUUACACGUUCUUGCCUCGUAAAUAUCCUUUUAUUAAGUCACGCAGAAUGCAUCAUAGAAUGUGGCAUAAUAGUAAGAGUAUAGUGGAAAGAGGGAAAGGACUUAUAAACUCCGGAAAUUGUAAACUCCUGGGCAUAUAUUGCGAGCGUAUUCCGACAAGGGUCACUCAAUAUAUACGCCGAGCCGUACGUGCGUUCAUACAUCCCUCGGGAGAUUACAACAAAAACGCGGGGGAAGAUAGUACACAAUGUGUGUAUGUGUGUGCGUGUAUGGGGGCCGCUACCUAAAUUCGAGCUACGUGUAUAUCCGCGCGAGAUACUUUUUUUCUUCACCCUACGCACGAAUGCCCACGGGGCGUUAUCAUUGCCCUAUUAAAUUCAAAAAUUACUUUUUCUCAAACGACAUGUAUAUUCACGCGGCGCACGACGAUUGGCUGUGAUUGGCUGUUCUUGAAUAGAUUAUUCACGUACUCGGUUGUAGCUGUAAAUAUGCAGAGGAUAUAAAUUACGAUGCGAAUUUCUGUUUGCACGUAAUUUCUAAAAAUCAACAAUAAGUAAAUUUAUUUGCGUACUUCUCUCGCAACGAAAACGCAGAUAGAAAUAAUACGGGCCGGCUAGGCAGGGGUAGUUCAGGCGUCGCCUAAACUUACAGGAGAUAUUUUUCCCCCUUCAGUUGAAAUCCACUCGGGACACGCGCGCAGCGAGUUAUUCGAUAGGUUCGAGCCUCGCCAAACAGUGGUUGGUUCAAUUGUAUACUUUGACUUUCUCUCGUUCCCUUUCUCCCUUCUGCGCUUCGUAUUACCCUCAUUAAAGGUGGUAGUUUAAUUAUACCGGUGAUGUUAUCCUAUACGCCCGCACGGCAAAGCGCGUAUUGUUCGCGACUGGCUUUUUUUUCCGGGCACGUGACUUUUUUGAACAAUGAAAAAAAGAAUCGCUUAUUGGUAUUUAAUUUUUUAUACGCCCGCGCUAUUGUCCGCGUAUACGUCAAAGCCAAUUUUCAGAAGCGCGUUUCUCUUCCCUCGUAGUCGACGUUUUAAUUUCACGUUCGUAUAUAGUCAUUAUUUUCGUUUCGCAUUGCCACGAACAUUCCCCACUCUCAGCUGUGUCCAUAGACAUGGAAAUUCAAAUCUUUGAUGUGUUUGCCGAUUCUCUCUUUUUCUCUUUUUCUAUCUCUCAAUUCUAUUUAAUGCUAACGUCGGAAAUUUUAAAUCCGCUGCUUGCUAAGCAUGCAAAUACCGCUCGAGCUUUCAAGAAACAAUUUGGCAUGCAUCCCGAAGCCGUUCCCUCUACCUUCCUUCCUAUGUACUUGAACCUUGACUGAUGACGCGAAUAUCUACCUUUUCUCUUGCAGAAAUUUAAAAGCGCGAGAGAAAAAUUCGUUUUAUUUAACAAGUCAUGUCGAAACGUCUGUCGUGUAGACUAUCUUAGUGAUUUACCGAGCUAUUUUUUAUUAUCGUUGCUAGAAAACAAUUAAGAAAAACGAAACGAUAAUUAUCUCCGCGUGCGUCAGAGACGUUUCGUACAUCAUUCAUGCAAAUUUAUGUCAAAUUUAUGCCGGCAGGCAAGUCAAAGACGGGAAUUAUACACUGCGGAACAAACGGUGAUUCCAAAUUUGUCGAACAAUUUGCAAUUUAAAGCCAUACCUAUAUACAUAUAUACAUAUACCUAUAUACAUAUUUGGGACGUAUCGUAUUUCGAAUGCAACGGCAAAAUUAUCAGCCGCGCUGCUGAAGUGUAGCAAAUUGCGACAAUAACAAGGAGAAGAUGAAUCACGCCGGUGAGGCGUGAAAUAUUCCUGUCGCGCGAUAAUCAACACGAUAAUUACGCCUUCGUUAUCACUCGCGACGUCGUCGUCACGACUGCCGGGCGUUUCUCGCGCGAAGUAAAUAAUAUCGCCAGCUGAUAUUUGCGCCGAACCGGUCUAGAGCGUCCACGGGCCUCGAGGGAUCCUCGAAGCAUUUACCGUUAAUACGAUUAAAUCGAGAUGCGUGAUUCAUUCCGGCCCCAAUAAUGCCGUGAGCAAAGGCACGUGUUAUCGGCUCGGGGCCAACCGGUCGGCCGAUCCAUCUUCCGAACGACGCUUGAGUUUCUUUCGAACGGCCGUUUCUCCGGAGAGUCGUCCGCCAGCUCGAGAUACACGUUACGUCUACUGGAUCUAGAUAAUUAACGAUCUCCCGGCGGGUCAUUUCAUCGUGCGGCGUGUAACUCCGUGACGAGCGCACGUGGAACUUUGUCUAAUUUGCGUUAGAACACAUCGACACCAAUUUUCCUAACGAGAAGUUCGAGAAGUUCCUUUCUCCACGGGGAAAUACAUCGUUUUCUCGUAGUAUGAUUUAUGUUAGAUAAUCAACUUUUCCAACGGGUCGUUCCGUCGCUGCAGCGCGCGGAGACUUCAUUAAACUAAUCUGUUUUCGAUCAUACAAACGUCAACACGUGUCUUCUAACGAGAAGUUCGAGUCCUUUCUUCAUGGAAAUAAAUCUCCUUUGUAUUAUGAUUUAUUAUGUUAGAUAAUCAAAUUCUCCGACGGAUUAUUUUUAUCGUGCAGCAUACGUUAUAUCAACAUCACAACGUACAUUCUAACGAAAAAUACAGAUAUUUUUACAGAAGUAAAUUUUCUUGUACAAUUCUGCGACAAUUAUCUCUUAAUUUUUUAAAUGUAUAUAUAUUAGUAAUUUAAUGUGUUACUAUAUUAUAUAUUAAAAUAAAAUAAAUUUAUUAAUAACUAAAUAUUUAGACGACUGUCGAAUCCGCGUUCACGUGUACAAAUAUGUACAAAGAGAGACUAGUUCCACUCCAGACUAGUCGCACAUGUUUGCGUUUGUGCAGAGAAGGGUGUCACUUGAACAGGCCGCGCAACGGAGGAGAGAUGUUUUCGGCAGCGCGCGCUUUUUAAUCCCCUGUUUCGCGAUCCGGGCUGUCCGGAAUACGCGGAUUUAUAUGCGCACAACUACGCACACGGACGAGCGACGGACGCAUUUAAAUUCCGUCGAUCGGCCAUUGAAAACCGGAACGGGCGCUGUUAACCCUUACCGGGCCGUGCGCCAUUCUCGGGUGUUAUCGCGUCCCACCGGGAGACAAGGACGCGGGGAUCCCGGGAUUAUUCGACAGUCUGAACCGACAUUGAGACAAUAAUGUCAGGAUUACGUCAAGCUCGACGAGGAUUUCCGCCUCGCUCGCCUUAGACGCGCGUCAACCCGUGCUACAGUGCGCGACUUCAAUGCUUGAGCAUAGUCUCUAUAUAGAUCCAGACUCUCGACGACUUCUGCCAUCGAGAAUAAUACUGUCCCCCUCCCCUUUCUUCUCCCCGUAUUGCAGUCUUCUUCCAUUUUUCAGGAUAUUCCAUGAUAUUUGCCUUCUUUAUCACCUGUUCGAACGCCAGUACGUAACUCCGCGUUUACUGAGUUACGUGCAGCCUGCUGUUUGGUAUUCACGUUGCCGGCUGGAACAACGUGACGUUCGGAAUGUGCUCACCCUUUUCCCCAAGAUAAAGUCCUGAAGAUGUACGAGGCCAGGGUGAAUUAUUCGCCGCGCGUGUGGCGCAAUGCGUCGCGUGUCUCACGGCGAUAAUGUAGGCGCGGUGUAAAUGUCAUGUGCCACCAUUUCCAAGAUCGCGAUCGCGUCGCGAGCAGUAGGAUUUAUUCCAAUGGCAUCAUUGAAAAAAGAGAAAAGAAAAAUUGCCGUUAUCUAAAUUAUUGAGCAGUUAUACAAGUUGACAAGUCAAUUAAGUUCCUAAAAAAAUUAUCUGUAUAAGACGUAAAAAAAUAUUCUUAAAUAGUGUUACAUAAUCGGCCAUUUAUUCUAUAUCGCAUAACACAUACACACAAAAUCAUAUAAUGCUAGAAUUUAUAUUAUUAUUUAUUCAUUAUUAUAAUUUAUUAAUUUUAUCGUAGCAUUUUGUGAUCCAAAUACAGAUAGCGCCGUGCGAAAGCAAACACAAUUAUUAAUUAUUAAUCGUUAUUGCCUAAUUUUGCGAUAUUUAUUUCUAAUUUAUUCUUGCAUCUAGACUAGAACAGGUUUUUUUAAGAAGCAUAUACAUUCUUUUUCUACCACGAGAAACGUGCGCGUUUUUGUGGUAGAAAAAAACCUGCUUCACUCCGCGGAUAUUUUAAUGAUCGUCUGCCUAUUCAGAACACUUGAGGAAUCCAAUUAUUUUUCCAAUCAAUUUACCGAUAUAGGGAAUAAACGUUUAGUUCAGAAAGAUGCCAACAACAGAGCAGAGAAUCCCGAGAGAAAGAGGAAAGAGCGAUAAUGAGCCACUUGCGAAAAUAGAAAUUUCUUCCUCUUUUCGGUCAAUUUUUAUGUCUAGACUAAUAUUGCGAAACUUCCAGUGUUACGUAAACGGCCCAGUGCUAGAUAAACAGCUAUCUAAUAUCGCUUUAAUUACGAUAAAACACGAUAUAUCUGAAAGAUAUGCUUCGUGAGUCACAUCGCUUUGUCCUUCAGUUACCAAAAUAACAACCGGAUGCAUGAAUAAUACAGUUUUUUUUUAGACAACUUGUUUAAAUUUAUAUAAUCGCUCAGUUAAUAUUAACUCAGUUAUAAGCUACAAAGAAACACGAGAUAAAUGCACGAGAAACAUGACAUAAUUGUUCUGCGACAUAAUCUUGUUACCGAAGAUAUUUCCCCACCUCUCGAGAAAUGAAAAUUAUUAGAAUAUGUCUUCGAUAAUUGCAGUUAAUCUUCAGCCUGUACAAACAAACAUACAGUUUGCACAGCUAUUGUCUGUUAAUUGAAUAUUCAUACAAAGAACAGUAUUUACAUUUUGUCAGAUCAUCACGCCGAUCGAACCUGAGUAAAAUGUAUUUACAAUCCAAAAUUUCAAGAAAAUCGUAAUGAAGAUGCCGGAGAAAAUUUCAAAAAGUCGCUCUAUUUUCCAACGUGUGAUAUUUAGUCAAUCAUAUUUUUUGUGUCUGUCGACAUUGCUCAUGACAUUUACGAAGAGAAUUUCCAUGCCUUGUGCAAUGGAAAUACUCAUUGAGCUAAUUCUUUUGCGCUCGCAAGUAGUUAGCGUUAGUUUUUUACAGCGAGAAUCAGUAAUCAAACGGAAAUAAAUUCACGAUAAUAAUAUACGUGCCAGUACGUAACGUGUACUCUAAGCACCAUUUCGAAUUCAACCCUCGUUUCCUUGCAACGGGACCUCCGGCAGGGCAGCGGGAGUUUCGCAUCGACGUCGCUUUGUGGAGGGUUGAUCUGGCGGCCAUGUUUGGUUAGAGAAAAUUUCACAAUCCCACCCCUCGUGGUCGGCCUUCACGAUAGCAGCUUGCACGACACGUAAACUAACAAAGGGCUAUAAGCUCGUAAUAUUGCAUGAAGGUACACUUCUCUGAAACUUCACAAACUACGAUUUCGAAAAUUCAGCUGUAUGUUAAGUUAUAUUUAAAUGCCUCGAGAGAAAAGAAAAAAAAAACAAAAUUGUAUUUUGCAAUUAUUUUAAGAUAUCUUUCCUUUUUUCUUCUCUUUCUGAAAUUCUUUCUAAAUUUCUUGCAAUUUCGCGCGGUACGAAGAGACUAUAGAUAAAUGUUUGCAUUCUGCGAGCGGCUUCUACGUGCAGCUCGUGAAUUUCGAAGAGAUUUCAUGUGGACGGGUAAAUGGUCGAUCGAGAGGGGUGGCCAUGGCGACCAUGUCAGUUCCCAAUUAAACAAAUGCCGGCAGGAACUCGAGCAACCCCUCAGGCACUGGCGUCCAUCUCUCCUUGCUCUCUUGGUGUACGUCAACGGAUCUGCCCCUCUUGCUUUCUCUUGCUCUCCCGGCACGAGAGGGUUUCGAUCGUCGCACGUGCGGCAUGCGAAACUCGAGCUGGAUUCACCACGUGUGCGUUUCACUCGAGCUACACUUACUCACAAAAGUUACAUUUAGUUUUUCAAUAUACAUCUAUAAAAAAAAACGUGUGCAGACAUUACAAAAUUUCUAUAUUUUCUUUAACUUUUGUAAAUAACUCAUGGGAUUAUUCGUGUUUAUCGAUUGUUAAAACUGAGGGCAGCAGACUGCAGUAAUUGUCACCAUAUUAGCGUAUAGAAAAUAAUAUAAUAAAAAAUGUAAUAUAAAAAUUUAAAGAUGUGUGCGCAUGUACAAGGAAAAAUCGAAAUAAUUCGGAAUAUGAGACUGAGUUUUUCAUCAUAACAUAAUUCCAAAACUGAAUUCUGGAAAACUAAUAGGAGCGUUAUAAAGAGAUGAGAGAACCGUCAAACGUUCUAAAUUACUUUUUUCCCUUUAUCAUUAGCAUCGAAUGUACGCAGAUUUUUUAGACCAUGUGUACCUCCACAUUUCCCGCAUCGUGUAUCGUUCGCGGAUUGCCCGCGGCGUUAAUGCGAUCGACAGAGCGCACAAAUCGUGUUUGCGUAAGCGACGGUUUCGUAAUCGCCACGCUGUCCGAGGAAUUUUAAUAGCUAAAUACAAGGAAUCGCGUCGAAAAUUUCCAAACUACGUCACGAUAUUUGACAGGAAUACAAGCCUGAACGUAGAAGAGCUACCGGAUACUCUAAACGUCGUCCUCUCUCGACUUCUGGAUUACAUUACGGGGCCAAAUAUUGGAGCACCUCUUCGGAACACCGGUCGAAUUGUUUGACUUACGCGAUUGUGCGUUCGAACGUCAAGCUGGUUACGUUCGUUCGGCGUAUCCCGGGCCGCCAGUAACUGGACAACGACUGUGGAGAAGCUUUGCUAAUCCGGAAAGCGGCUUAAGGCAAACGCGAAGCCGAUCCCGUCGAAAGGCGGGCGGGGUUUCCGACUUCCGUCGUGUGUAUUCUGAGUGAGAACAUUAUUAUCUUGUUAGCGAGCAAUAUUCCGGAAGAAUAGCUUCAUUCGAAUCUACGCUCGGUGCACCGAGCAAGAUGCGCGGAAAAUGUAUUCACAUUCACUUGCCUCUUAUACCUAGACGAUCAAGUGCUG